AUGUCACUUCCCCUUUCUCUUCUUUCUUUUUUUCUCUUUAUUAUCUCCUUCCCUCUCUCUCUUUCUUUCUUUAUUAUAUACUUUCCUAUUUCUUUGUCUCUUAUUUUAGUUUUCAUUUGUCUCUUUUUCAUUAUCUCUUAUCUUCUCUUUCUCGUUUUCUGUCCUUCUCACACUUAUUCUCUACCUCUUUUUAUUUUAUCAAUAUUUAUUUUCUUCUUUCUCUUUCAUUCCCGCUUUCUUUUUUCUCUUAUUAACACUCUUUUUCCUAUAUGUACACCUCUCUCUCUUUCUCUCUCUCUCUUUCUCUUCCCUUUUUCCCUGCUAUUUCUUUUUCUUCCUCUUCUUUCCUUUUCUUCUUCCUCCUCCUUUUUUACAUCUUCUCAUUUUCUUUUCUUCACGCCCAUAACGCAUUUUCUCAUAUUCAUUCUUCUUUACUUCUCACGAAUGCGUCUUUCUUUCAUUCACUCCUUGAAUUCAUCUUCUUCCAGAUUGUCUGUCGAUACUAACAUUUUCCAGUCGCCUUUUAGUAAAUGGCGUUCUCGCUCGGUUGCUUUCUCUCUUUCUCUUUUUCUUUCUCUUUCUCGCACUUUUCUAUCUUUCUUUUUCUAUCCUCCUCUCUCUUUCGCCCUCUUCUCUUUCUUUUUUCCCCUCAUUAUCUUGUUCCUUUGUCACUUUUUCUCAUUUUUAAUAUCUCUUCCUCACUUUUACUUUUGCUUUUCCUCUCUUUAUCACUCAACGAUUCGGUUUCCUUCAUUUCUCUUUCUUUCUUUCUUUUUUCUUUCUUUCUUUCUUUUUCUGUCUCUCUUUCUUUCUCUCUUUCUUUCUUUCCCAUUUUCACUCUCGCUCUCUCUCUCUCUUUUGACUUAUCUUUCUCACCCUUCUCUCUAUCCAUCUUUAUCUACUAUUCGUCCCCUUCCCUGUAAUUUCUUUUGUUCUAUUCUGCUAUAUUACUUUCUCUCUCUCUCUCUCUCUGUUUUAAUUGUUCUUCCUCUCUUUCUCUUAAUUUCUCCCUCCUUAUCUUUCUCAUUUUUCACCCUUAUUUUGAUUCCCACUCUCCUUUUUUCUUCCUUCUUUUUCUUUUUUUCUCUCACUUUCUCUCUCUUUUUCACUCAAAUCUUGGCUUUUAUUCCUUUUUCUAUAUUUCUCUGA